AGAUUUGUUCGUAGAAAUUUGCAGAGUGUCGCCAUCCUUCACAUUGACACUCGUCGCAAGAUGUCUUUAAAGUUUUCAGCGAACCUGACGUUUAUGUUUCAGGAAGUUCCAACUCUAUGUGGACGCUACCAAGCCGCUAAAGAUGCCGGUUUUAGAUUUGUGGAAAGUGCUUUUCCUCAUGGCGUAGACAAAGGGGAGGUAACUAAGGCUAAAGACAAUGCAGGAGUAGAACAAAUUCUGAUGAAUGCUCACCAAGGUGACCCAGCUAAAGGUGAUUUGGGAAUCUCUGCCAUUCCUGGAAGAGAAGAGGAAUUCAAAGAUUCACUGGAACGCUCUAUUCAAUAUGCCCAUUCCUUGAAAUGCCAAAAAAUACAUAUCAUGGCUGGUUUAAAGGGAGAUUACAGUAUUGAUGAAAUGGAGAAAACAUAUUUAAAUAAUUUACAACACGCUGCAUCUAGACUACAACAGGAGAAUAUCGUAGGGUUAAUUGAACCAAUAAACAACAGAAUAUCAGUUCCCAAAUAUUUUCUCUCAGACUUUAAUAAAGCUGUAGAAUAUAUUAAAUUCAUUGAUAGUCCAAAUCUAAAACUGCAACUUGAUAUGUUUCAUCUACAAGUUAUGGAGGGUAAUUUAACUAAUAAUAUUAAACACUUCUUACCAUUUAUAGGUCAUAUACAGAUAGCUCAAGUUCCAGCACGAGGGGAGCCAAACACUUCCGGAGAAAUAAACUAUCGUUAUAUUUUACAGUUAUUAUUAGAUUCAGGUUAUGAUGGUUAUAUAGGUUUAGAAUACAAACCUUCAGGUGACACAGUAAAAGGGUUGAAAUGGUUGGAAGAAUUUGGAUAUAAAUUGUAGUCCUAGAGUCUGAUGUCACCCUUAUGAAACACCUGAUGGUAUUUUGUGACUGGAUUGUCAACUCUUCCAUCCCCAGCAAAUUAUCAUAUUAUGAUUCGUUCAGUUUGUCAAUGGAUAAGGUAUCAGAGAUAUGAUAUAAGAAAUUGAUUCAGAAAGUAUAAUUUUAUUGUGUUAAUCUAAUGAAUAAGAAAGAUCAAUCCUAGUAUAUGUUUGAUAAUAAUUUGAUGUUAGAAUCAGAAUAGUCCAAGACUCCAAGACUAUCUGGAUAAGGAUGCAGAUGAAGAAAGUGAUUCGGGAGUAUAAUUUUAUCAUGUAUAGUAAAGUAUCUAAUCUAAUUAUGAUGAUUUUAAAUUGAACUUGUGUGAGAUGAUUUUAAAAAGUAAAUGAUAUAUCUUUUGAUUCAUAUGAGAGAAAUAUUAAAAGAGAACCUGAAACAUGUUGUUAUUCAGAGUUUCACGCUGUACGCUUCAAACGACUGACCUUUUUCAGCCUCUACUAUAUUUGAUGUAUCAUCACUAUUUUAACAGUGAAAAUAUUUUAUUAUCGUGUGAUUUAAUUCAUUUAUUUGCAUUUUACAAAGAUAUAUUUUAUUGUUAUUUUCAUACAGUAAAUUUGUAAUAAUUUCAUUUUUCUUAGCUUUAUGAUUUCCUAAGUGCAAUUACAAUAAUGAUUAUUAUUUACAAAAAUAUACAAUUCUUGUGUGAACUGGGUGUAUUUCAAAUGUAAAUCAGUAAAUCUUACAUUUCUAUGGAUAAAGAUUAUCUAAGACAACU